AUGGCUCCCUCAUUCCAAUCCCUUGAUCCAGACAUGGACGACUACGACGACGAUGAUGAAGAACCCGAUUUCAGCGAUCUCAAGGAGCAAUAUGAAGUGCGCAUGGAAGAAGGGCUGGACACUUUCGUGGUAGUGGAUGGCCUGCCCAAGGUCCCGCCGGGCAGUAAAGACAAGCUCGUCAAGUUCUUGUUGCGGAAAUUGGUCGGCUUCGGCAAGACGAAAGAGGAGAACGUCUUCAUGCCGAUGAACGAGGAGGGCGACAUGAGUGAGGGUUUCGCCUUCGUCGAGUACGAGACUCCCGCUCAGGCUGCUGCGGCCGUCAAGGGUCUGCACGCCACACCUCUGGAUAAGAAACACACCAUCGCCGUCAACAAGCUGACCGAUAUCGAGCGAUAUGGACGUGAGGGCAGAAUCGACGAGACGUACCGCGAGCCGGAGAUGGAGGAGUUCAAGGAGAAGGAGCACUUGCGGUCAUGGGUGGGUGAUGUCGACGGCCGUGAUCAGUUCGUCAUGUACCGUGGCGACAAUGUGGGUGUGUACUGGAAUGAGCGCGAGGACCAACCCGAGCCUGUCAGAACGCCAGCCGGUCAAGUCGUCGAUCGCCAGCACUGGACCGAAACCUUCAUCCAAUGGUCACCGAAAGGCACAUAUCUCACCUCCAUGCACGCUCAAGGUGUACAACUCUGGGGUGGCGAGAGCUGGUCCCGACAAAAACGCUUCAUGCACCCGGGUGUCAACCUCGUCGACUUCUCCCCCGACGAACGCUACCUGACAACCUGGUCCCACCAAGCCAUGCAAGUCGACGAGAACAACCCCAUCCUGUCCCUCGAAGAAGACGGCAAGAACUACAUUAUCUGGGACAUCGACACCGCCAAACCCCUCCGCUCCUUCGUCACCCUCGACCCGCCCGGCCCACGCGAAGACGCCGAAGGCCAACCCAUCAAGAAGAAACUCCAAUGGCCCGCCUUCAAAUGGUCCGCCGACAGCAAAUACGUCGGCCGCAUGAACCACGGCCAAAGCGUCAGCAUCUACGAACUCCCCCGCAUGAACCUCUUCGACAAAGCCAGCGUGAAAGUGGAAGGGAUUGUCGAUUUUGAAUGGUCACCCGCCUCGGCCGAACGCCACAGCAUCAAAUCCUACGAACAACUCUUCUCCUACUGGACUCCAGAAAUGGGCAGCAAUCCCGCCAAAGUCGGCAUCAUGAGCAUCCCCAGCAAAGAAGUCGUGCGCACACGUAACCUCUUCAACGUCUCCGAUGCAAAACUCCACUGGCAAUCCGAGGGCGCCUUCCUCUGCUGUAAAGUCGACCGACACAGCAAGAGUAAGAAGAGCUUAGCGACCAACCUUGAAAUCUUCCGCGUGAGAGACAAAGACGUCCCCGUCGAAGUCGUGGAGAACAUCAAAGACACCGUCAUCAACUUCGCUUGGGAACCUAAGGGUGACCGCUUCGUCCUCAUCACCGCCGGCGAAGUCCCCGCCGGCGCCGCCGUCCCACCCAAGACCGCAGUAUCUUUCUUCGCCCCCGAAAAGGCCAAAGCGCCAGCCGUAGGCAAUUUCAAACUCAUCCGAACAGUGGACAAGAAGAACAACAACGCCAUCCACUGGUCUCCUAAUGGACGGUUCGUGGUCGUCGCCACGGUCCUGAACCAGCAGUCCUUUGACCUCGAUUUCUGGGACUUCGACUUCGAGGGCGAGAAGGAGGAGAAGGAGAGGGAUUUGACGGCGAAUCUGAUGUUGAUGCGUACGGCGGAUCAUUAUGGCGUUACGGACAUCGAUUGGGAUCCCAGUGGGCGGUUUGUGGCGACUAGUGCUAGUGUGUGGAAGCAUCGGAUGGAAAAUGGCUACCACCUCUACACCUUCUCCGGCCAAUUGCUGAGGGAGGAACCGAUCGAUCAAUUCAAACAAUGGGCCUGGCGACCCCGUCCCGCUCGCCUCCUAAGCAAGGACGAAAUGAAAAACGUCCGUAAGAACCUUCGAGAAUAUAGUCGUACUUUCGAGGAAGCGGACUCGGCCAAGAGGUCUUCGGCGGACAAGGCGGUGGUGGAUGCGCGACGUAGGAUGUUGUCAGAAUGGUAUGCGUGGCGCGAGAGGGUGGUGGAGGAUCUGGCGAUCGAUCGGGAUGAUUUGGGACUCGGGGAGAAGAGCGAGGAACAGAUGGCGCUUGAGGUGGAUGUGGAGGCGGAGGGCGAGGGGAAGGUGGUCGAGGAGAUUUUUGAGGAGAUUUUGGAGGAGAGUGAGGAGGUCUUGGAGUAG